AUGGAUAAAAGCGACCACCACCAUCAACAGAAGAACCAUGACAUUAUCGGCUGCUUUGCUGCCCAAGAAGCCGUAGGUGUAUACGCCGUAGCCGAAUGUUACGUCGGCGUAGACCGAUAUGAUGAGGGCAAGGCAUACAAGAAGAGCUGCGCCUGGAAGUCCGAAUCGCCUUUGGAGUUUGAAGAUUGGGGAGUGGCGAACAAGGUCGACUCCGUAGGUGUGUACGAGGUGCUCGAGGCGGUCGGCGGGUCCGUGAGUCUCGUGUGCGCUGGUACUGUCUGA